AUGGCCAGCCACCCUGGAGGAACCACAAUCCGAAGAUAUCUCCGCUAUCGAAGAGGACGAAACCUAGAUGACAUAGAGAAUGACAUUCUCCCGGAAGGCCGCAAGGAGGCCAGAAAGAUCAAGAAGCAAGCCGCAGGGUAUUGCAUCUCCCAGGAGAAGCUCUACCGGAGAUCCUUCUCCGGCCCAUAUUUGAGAUGUGUCAUGCCUCAAGAAGCCGCUAGAGUCCUUGUAGAACUACAUGAAGGAGAUUGUGGAUCCCACUCUAGCAGCAGGAGCCUGGUGCUCAGGGCCAGAAGGGCAGGCUACUAUUGGCCGAUGAUGGCUGCAGACGCCAACAAACAAGCUAGACACUACGAUCAGUGUCAGAGGCACGCUCCGGUUUACAAACUCCCUCUGGAAAACCUCAAAUCCAUAAGCUCACUGUGGCCCUUCAGAAAGUGUGGCAUGGUUAUAGUAGGGAAAUUCCCUAUUACGCUGGGGCAGAAGGUCUUCCUCCUGGUAGUUACUGACUACUUCUAA